AUGAACGAUAACAGUAAAAUCUACAUAUCCAACCUUAGUUGGAGCACAAACGAUGAAGAUCUCGCUCGUGCGUUUAGUCCAUUUGGGCAGAUAAGCGACUACAUUGUCAUGAAAGACAGACAAACGGGUAGAUCCAGAGGUUUUGGUUUUGUUACCUACGCAAACGACAGGGAAGCGUCUAGUGCACUAGAGAGUAUGAAUGAAGUUGAGCUUGACGGCAGGAGAAUACGCGUCAAUUACGCACACGCCCGGUCAUCACCAAGAAGAUAGUAAGCUAGUUGGAAUCUAUUAGCUAGGACGACAGAGUGUAUCGGCUAUAUCUUGGAGUUUGCGAAUUGCUAUAUAAUGUACUUGUAUAAU